AUGAACUUUAUGCUGAAUUCAACGACUAAAAGAACACUAUUCGGAAUAUGUAAGAUAUCUCGAAAUAGCAGGUACAAAUACAGUAGUAUAUUGAUCAGGUUCAACCAUACAUCAGGAACAAGUGAUGCAGAGAGAACGCCAAUUGAAGAGUAUGAUCGACUGGUGAAAUUAAACAAAUUGAGAGACGACCAAUACCAGAGAGGCGUUAUAAAGACUUUAGGAACUCUUUACGAUGCAUUAAAAACUUACAAGCCACCUGAAGUUAAAACACCUUCUGCAUUAGAUCAAGUAGGUUGGAAAGCAAACAUCUUUCAAAAAUUCAAAUCUAUCUACCCAACGAAGAAAGAAUCAAUAACAGAUAUAGGACAGGAUAUACCUAAAGGUAUAUACUUAUACGGUGAUGUUGGUUGUGGGAAGACUAUGUUGAUGGAUCUUUUCUAUUCUACAGUUCCUUCACAUUUGAGUAAAAAGAGAAUUCAUUUUCAUCAAUUCAUGCAAGAUGUCCAUAAAAGAUCUCAUGAAAUUAUAAAAGAGCAGAAUCUUGAUGAUCUGGGUAGAGAAAAGGGUGUUGAAAUUGAUCCUAUCCCAUUCUUAGCUGCAGAAAUUUCAAAUACUGCAAGACUUUUGUGUUUUGAUGAAUUUCAAGUAACCGAUGUUGCCGAUGCAAUGAUUUUAAGAAGGUUGUUGACUCUUUUGCUAUCAUCCAACCAUGGUGUUGUAUUGUUUGCUACUUCAAACAGACAUCCAGAUGAGCUAUAUAUCAAUGGUGUUCAGAGACAAACUUUCAUCCCUUGCAUUGAACUUAUCAAAUCAAGAACAGCCGUGACACAUUUAAAUUCACCAACUGAUUAUCGUAAAAUUCCACGCCCUGUAUCAUCGGUAUACUAUUAUCCAGAGAAAGGAUUACAGUAUGACUCUCGUGAAUGUGCUUUAUUCAGACAAAACCAUGUAAAGGAGUGGUAUGAUUAUUUUUCACAAAUUCACAUCGACAAGAAUCUUGAUAACCAUAAAGUCGUUGAUGAGAUUGUUUACAAUUACAAAUUAACAACGUGGGGUAGAGAAAUAAAUGUUCCUAAAUGUACUGUUUCCAGAGUAGCUCAAUUCACAUUUAAAGAAUUAUGUGGCCAACCACUAGCCGCUGGUGAUUAUUUGACGCUGGCAAAUAAUUUUAAAGCAUUUAUAAUAACUGACAUCCCAUUUCUUUCGGUUUACGUUCGUGAUGAAGUUAGAAGAUUUAUCACAUUUUUAGAUGCAGUUUAUGAUAACGGUGGAAAGAUUGCUACCACAGCAGCAGAUAAAUUUUCAAAUUUGUUUGUUGACCCUUCGGAAUUAUUAAAUGACUUUGAAUUGAAACCAAUUGAGAAAGAAACAGAUACCAAAGAAGAGGAAUUACUAGAGAAUGAUGAAUUAGUAACUAAACAUGGGUUUACAAAAGAAAUAGCGAAAGGUGCUCAAUUGUUUGCAUUAGAUGAAGAAAAGUUCGCUUUUGCAAGAGCUCUAAGUAGAUUAUCUCAAAUGAGUUCAACAGAAUGGGUUAGCAAAUAA